GUUUAUAACGAUCGUUGAAAUUGGUGCAUUUUCUAUUAACUAAACGUGUGAGUGGCCUGUAAGAGUAAUAUGGACGUGGAUAUGGCAUCAUCGUCAACGCCAACCAUGCGCUCGGCAGUUUCAGCCCCUCGCUCCGAAGCUGCCCCAAUAGCAGCACCCCGGACCAACAUGGCACCGGCAGCGCCUCGAACAACAACAGGCGCCACCGCGACAAAGCCUCCGCGUCGAAGCACGCCAGGAUUACCAGCGGAUCUGCAACGAAUUCGUUGUCCACUAUGCCGCCGUCCGCAUCGGCUAUCGCACUGCGGUAUCUUCAAAGGCAUGCCGCCGAUGCAACGCCAGCAGGUGGCACAGGCGCACGGGUAUUGCCUGAACUGUCUGGCAACUUCCCAUGCAACUCAGGAGUGCCCAUCAAAUAAUCGUUGCCAAAUCUGUGUGCGGGCUCACCAUACGCUGUUGCACCGCACUACCAGACGCGACUCCGGGCGACCACCGGCUCCUCGCACCAGCGGUAACGUCAGGCGUUCUCACAGAACGCCUGUGACGGCUUACCGCCGGCGUGGACACUCUCCAGCAGAAUCUCGUUCCUGGCGCCAAAACCGGACAACGUCAACACGGCGCCAUCAGCUUAGGCCGCAAUCCCGGCGGUCAACAGGCCUCAGCAGCGUUGUAGCUACGCUACAGCAGCUACAGCGGCUUCUAGGCUAAAUACUCGCCUAGGGGGGCCGGGAUGGCUAAAUGAGUAGC